GGACACAACAGCACACGCAACAGCCGGUUCUGUUCGGGUCCCCCCCCCUCCCCCCCCACGGCGCCAUACGCCACACGGAGCGCGUUCGCGUUAGUAGACACCGGAGUGAGCUGCGUGUGUGCGAUAAAAGGAGAGUGAGAGCGAUCGAGAGAGCGAAGGGAAAAGAUAGUGCGAAAGAGCGAGAGAGGCUGUGGCAAACAUCCUCCAUCCUCGCACAGAGUGUAGAGCGUACCGGCCGUGUGUGCGCGCGCGCGCACCCCCGUGAGACGUGAGAUGAGCGCGCGAUUCCGGCGCGGUUUUCCCGAUCGUACGAACCGCGUGUUUUGGUGAGCUGUGUCUGUCCCCAUUGCUAGCUGUCAAACGGGGGCCCUUUUUUCGCCCCACUGUUUUCCGCGUGCGUGUGUGUGUGUCUGUCUGCAGCAGUUCGGUCGCGCACGGUGCGCGCUUAUUGUGAUUGUUGGGUGCACCACGUGUGUGCAUCGAUAUUCGAGAUUGUGGUGCGUGAUACGUCGUCAGACGAAGAAGAGGAAGAAGGAGAAGAGGAAUAAAAACAGCAUCCCCUCCCCCCUGUCGCACUCGUUUGUUAAAAACCACGGAUCAAAAGUGUCUGCUGGGUGGAUUCCACCGCCCGUGCGCCGAGACGGUGGGAGUGCGCCAUCUUGGUUGCCAUUCGCGCGUCCCGCCGUCGCCAUCGCGGUCGCGCAAUUUUGUCGUGGCAUUCGACGGCCUCUCCUCUGUCUCCCUCCACCCGGUGUCCUGUUGUCGCGUGUGAGUGUGUGUCCCAGUUUAUUAUUAGACCUCGUGAGUCUCGUGAAAGCCGGCCGAAAAGUGCGCGCACCCCGACAGCACCAGUGUACGGGUACGGUACCGGCAGAGCGCGUAGUUUUGUGUGUGUGUAUUUGUGUGUGUGUUCCUCAAUGCAAGCAGGCCUCCCCGCCCCCCCACUUUACAGCUGUGUGCCAACCAGCAGAAGCGUCAAGUGCGUGCGGGUACUUCCCGGCUCUGCUCCGCCCGAAAGGGGUACAAUAAUUUGCAAUUUCAUAUGCAAACUAGCGGAUGCACUUGCACCAGUUGCGCGACUGUCUGUGUGUGUCCGUGCAUAUCCGUGCUGGCGGGUCGUGAUUUGCAUUUGCGGUUUGUGCAGGAACCCAUAAUGCGGUUUCGGUGUCUAGUGGCGUGUGCGCUUGGCUGAGACAGAAAAGGGCCAUUCUGGGUGUCGCCGUCGUUCAGGUGUUGUGGCCUUCGCGGCAAAUGUGUGCUCCAGCGGCUAGCUGGAGCUAGCUGAAAGUGGUGAGCGGGAAAGUGUGUGUGUGAUAGAGCUCGUUUUAUUCAUCACAAGUGCAACUGACCCAGCGAGCGAACGAGUGCGCGCGGAGCCGUUCCGGUACACCACAUCCGGUGCGGAACUUUGUGCUCUCACAUGGGAAGCACAGUGAAGGUGCGAGUGUGUGUUUGUGUUUUAGAACGUGUUGGAAGUAAUGGUCAUCCAUGAUAAAAAAGCCGAAAAGUGAAACUACGAAAACAAACAAACAGAAGUCUGCAAACAAACAAGCGUUACAGUGUGGGUUUGAAGUGAAGUUGUAAGUGUGUAAAGUAAAGUACCAAACAGUGAUCAAAUACAACCGAAAUACAAAAAAGUGUAAUUAAAAGUACAAAAUUUGACAAGUGAAAAGUGUACACUGUGUUCAAGAAAAAGGCGAGCAAAAAUACAAGGUUCAUUUUCGUAGUGACAACUGCCACCGGGUGUGGUGGGCGGAGGGGAGCCCCGUUUUAGUGCGCGUGCAUCCUCCUUUCCGGUUUUGCGUGCGUGGUCGGCGCGUGAUGGUGAGGUGCACCACCGGGUGGCUAACGGCAGCCGUGGGUAGCUGUGGUGGCAGUGGGUCACCCCAACGGUGAACACCGGUCGUCGCAGUGGCCCCCCAGAAUGUGUCCAGUGGUGCCGCGGGGGCCAGCCGAGCGUACGGGCUCAUACUAAUGCUGCUGACUUCACUGCUCUCGUCGGCGUGUUCCCUAGCGGUGCCAUCGGUGGCACAGAAACACUACAGCGGCAGCGAAGGCGGCGGCGGUGGGUUCAGCGAUCAAAAUCACAGCACACUGUCCGCCUCAUCACCAUCAACCGUCGGCACCACACCGUCCACCCUUACGCUCCUUCACGUGGUGCAGCAGCAGCAGCAGCAGCAGCAGCCGGAGCGAAAGCAGCAUGGCAACCACCGGCGACCCGCUGAGCCGACCGCUGCUCUCGGAGCAGACGGGGAGCACGAGUACGGCCACCGGCCCGACCAUCCCGAUCUGUACAAUCUUACCCUGACGGCGAUGCGCCAGUACCUGCGCAACCACCUGAACGCAUCCCGGUACGGGAAGGCACCGCGCAAGCGCUCCCAUCUGCACGUGGACGCGGUGGACGUGGAGUUCUACCGGCGGUUCAAGGAGUUCAACACCAGCCAGGCCGUGCUGGAUGGAGUGGCCGGUCUGGGGUCGUAUCCGUUCGGUCCUACCCCGAACGGUUCGGUCGGGAUAGGAACGGACACGGUGGAUCGCAAUGGUCCAGCGGAACCGUUGCCGAGCGUGGUCAACGUUACGCCCGUGCCGGUGGCGUCCUCGUCGGUGGCACCGCCGGCCACUACCGGUCAGCGCGAUUACAGCGUCCUCAUGGACGAUCCGCGCGGCUACAUCACGGUGUCCUCCUCGUUCCCGUUGCGGCCGGGCAAAACGUCCACCACUUGGAACUCCACCUUCGCCCAACACAGAGGCUACAUCUACGGGUUGGUGUCGUUCUCCGUGCUCUGCGCCCUGGUCCUUGGGCUGUUCGGCGUGUUUCGCUGCCUGCGUGCGACGACCACCGGUACGCGAGCGACCGCCGAAGCGCUGACGCUGCCGAUCCAGUUCCUCACCGACGAUCUUGCUCCUCUAGACGCCAACUUGAACCACCUGCCGGUACCCAUGCUAUCGGUACAGUCACCGGGCUGCGCGGGGAUGGAGCGGCUCGGCGUUCCUGCCCGCGGUUCCAUCGGAUCACCUCCAUUAAGGAACGAACGGGCGGGCUUCCAUCACCAACAGCAGUCACAACAGCAGCAACAGCAGCAGCAGCAACAAUCGCAACAAACUCCCCAACAGCAGCAACAGCAGCAACAGUCAGCGCAACAGCAGCAACAAUCGCAGCAAAACCACCACCGCCAUCAUCAUCAUCACAAUCACCAUCAUCAUCCACACCAGUAUCAUCAGCAGACGGCGGUGGCGACCGGGCACAGCAACCUGCGGUUCAGCAGCAGCGAUCUGAUACUGAGCAGCACCACCAGUAGCAACUUUCGCAGCAACAACCACAAUCAAUCCUAUCUGUUCAUUCCGCACCAAUCGAACAACGUCGGUGGUGGUGGUGGUGGUGGUAGUAGUAGUGGUAGCAGUAGCAUCAACUAUAAGACGCACUACAGCAAUAGCUCGUACGGUGGCAGUAGCAUCGGCAGCUCGGCCAGCUCCAACCCGGUGACGAGCGGAUUCCCGCACUGCAUCUACCAUGUGCCGCUGCCGGACGGGGAGUUUGGUCCGGAUCGGGACCUGCGGAUACGGACACCGUGCCAGCAAUCGGAAAUACCUCGAACGUACGUGAAAGCCCCACCGAACAAGACCGUGCGUGACGUGCCCGUGCAGUACCAGUCGACGGGUGGGAUCACGACGCACGGCACCACCACCACCGCCACCAUGACCGGUACCGGCGGCAGCUCCAGCCUCGCCAGCUCCAUGGUAGACGUCGCGAGCUACUACGGCAGCGCGAAGACAAUCGCCGGACGGCCGGCGGGCGACGGUGGCCGUCUGGCAGCGGCCACACCCGGGCCCAGUUUAGGCGGUGGCACCACGAACAGCAGCAGCAGCGCCACCUGUCAGCAGAAAUCGGUCGACAAGCUGCAGAAGAUUUUCCGGUUUUUGCCAGGUAAAGCCACUAAAUCUUCCACUUCAUCAUCAUCAUCGUCGUCCUCCUCGUCGACGUCGUCAUCGUCGUCCUCUGCUUCCUCCACCUCGUCAUCCUGCGGCGGUGGCAUGAAGCACACCAGUAAUAUUAACAACAAUCAUCAAGGUGCUGGCACGGGCGUGCUGCCCGGCAGUAGCCACACUAGCAGCACCGCCAGUCUCAACAACAACAACAACGUCGGCGGCGGCGGCGCCCUCGGUAGCAUAAGCGGAUCCUAUGGACCUAGCAGUAGUAGCGUUAUUAGUAGCAAUCACGCCAACAACAAUCGCGUCGGGUGCGGUGUUGGCGGCAGUAGUAGCGGUAGCAGCGGCAGUACCGCUGGCAGCAACAUUCGAGUCGAUGGUCGCGGCGGCUUAAGCUUAGCGGCGCCCGGUGCCGGCAUCCACAAUCACAACCAGCACUAUCGAUCUCCUCCCACGCCGGCGGUGGUGGCGGCCACCUCACCGACCUCCUCGUCGGUGUCCUCCUCGUCCACGGCGUCCUCCCCGACAUCGUUAGGCAGCGCGCGGCCAUCGGAAGCGACCGGCCCGGGCGCGGAACCGGGCCACGCACCCUUCACGAUGUGACCGACGGUAAGCGGCGGUGGCGGUGGACGACGCAUCGUGGGCAGUGCGGUGAGCAGUCUUUGAAUUCGGCCUGCCUUCGCGCGCAUCACCUUGCCCGAUCGUCGCAUCCUCCGUCGUUGGCCGAAGCCGCUUAGUGUCGUACCCCAAUUAUUUAGCUAAUCGAUGUCGUGAUACUAUUUGUGAUGAAGAGUUAGAAAUGGGCAUGGAGUGACAGGGUCUGGAGUGUGCUGGUCGUGUUGCGGUGGCGAUGCGGGAUGAGCUGCUAAAGUAAGGGAUGGACUGGAUAGGUUUGUGGGGCAAGCAAACAAAAGCUGUCAAAUAGGAUUGCGGGUCGCAACGAAUCGAAAGGCCAAGUACAAAUCUUAGCUCUACUGUGACUGCGCGAGCGUGUUGAUCGUUUUCUUCGGUAACGGUAACAAAUAGGAUCGUUUGUAACGUGUAACGUCUGCUCCAUUUUGUAUUGCACUGUGACCGAUACUAGUCAUAGAAUUGUAACUCGUGGAAGGCGCCUUUCCACGAUCUUACCCCGGUCGUUGUGUUCUACGGCAAAGCGUGUUCUACACGCACCCACUGGAUGUUUUUAUUCGUGAAAUCUUAUUCAAACUAAUGUAAACCCCCCCCCCCCAACAUUGAAACAUUGGAUCGAUCGUUGAGAUUGAUUUUUUGUCGUUGUUGUGUUUUGCUCCUUACAACUCUCCCCUGUCGAGCUCAUGAGCCUGCUUCGAAGCCUCAAAACUCGCGUCACAGCAAUGUUUAAAUAGAAAGUAGCAAAUAUUAAUCGUAGAACCUAUAACAAAAACACAUACACACAUGCCGCUGGAACUGAUUUGUUCCGCUCUGACCAUAUACUCCUGUAUUGCCCAGUGACAACCAACAUUAACAUAAACAACACAGCCUGAAGAAGAUAAGACAGGAGGCUGCACACGGGCCAGCAUUAACAGCGAUGAAGGAAAGGAGCAGUACAUUUAAAAAAAAAACAGGAAAGGAAGAAAACGGUUAAAAAAAUAAAUACACAAAAUGAAUCGAGCUGUACAUUUUAUGCGCGUAUCUUAAGAUUUCUAAGCAUAACUAAACUAUAAAACUAGAUUUUUAAAAGCAAACACCAUAGGUAGAGAGAGAGAGAGCGAGAGAGAGAGAGCGAGAAAAGACGAAAGGAGAGGAUGGAAACGGUAGAAAGGAAACGAAACGCGAAUGGAUUGGAUUUACGAACCGAACGGGAGUAAAGAAAGGGAAAAGAAGGUGAACAAUAUUGUAAAAAAAACUAUUAUAAAUUAAACUAAAACAAACUUCGAUGUGCAACAACACACCCUAUGCGGUUUAGGAGAGCGUGAGCGAGCACAGCAUUGAAAAUGGGGGGAAGGAAGUACGAGAAGUACACGUGGUUUAUUUAGUCGAAAUCGAGCGCAAGAAAGGGAAGAGAAAACACGUGGAAAAAAGCACACACCCACUCAAAACUACACUUAUACCAGGUGGCAACCAAUAAGUAAACCAAUGAAUAAAGGGAAAAAUAAGCGCGAACCAGGGCCGCGUUAAAGGAUAAAUAUGUGUGUGUGUGUGUGGCCAGGAUGCGUCGUUGUUGCGUUUGUGGUGUGAUUCGAAAGAAAGCGUGCCGACGACGUCUGUCUCUCACUUUCUCACUCUUCCCCGACAGACGGGCGCGUUCCUGGCGGACGACGAUAGGAAGGACGAACUCUAUGAGCAGGUGUGUACGUGUGUGUGUGUGUGUGCGUUGAAAUGUGUGUGUUUGUGUGUCUGUGUAAUGGAAUGGAAUCUAGCAAAAAUGUUCUAUUUGUUAUAAGUUGUAUUAUUUAAGUAAAUCAAUUUGUCACGUGCGAGAAGUAUAGCAGAGUGUGGAUAGGGAUGGUGAGUGUGAACCAUGUUUGCAUGUUUUUUCGUCAUAUGCGUGAGUGUGAGUGUGUGGUAAAACAGAGAGAGAGAGAAAACGUGAGGGAAAGAGCAUAAGCAUUCGUAGGAGAAAUAAUGACGAGUCAAUCAAAGAGAUAAACAUAAUUCAUAGACAAAUAUGCCCAAUACUACCUACACUUGCUCACAACAGCACACAUAGAACGUCAGCAUGCAAUGCUGAUCGAAGAAUAAUAACACACACACACACAAAACACAGUGUAACUCAAACGUAUCGCUUAGUAAUCGCUUAGUAAACAGCAGCUCCUUACAUGGUCGAUGAGGCAAGACAUUCGAUUCAAUAGUCAUACAUGUUCUGCAAUAAACAGGAAACCGAAGGAUAAUAAUAACGAAAUACUAACUACCACCACUACUGGCUACUACCACAACAACAACAACUACUACUAAUACUAUUCAUUACUGUUACUAUCAAUAUUGCUGCAUCGUAUUACCGGAUAGAGACAGUUGCCGGAAAGCCAUUUACCAACAAAAACAAAAUACAAUAAAACAAACUACUGUUUCUGCUACUAUACACAAACGCUCGCUCGUAAAAAAAAACAACCUACAAUUUGUGUGCCACAAAUGUUCACCUCAAAUUGCAAACAAAACAGCAACAGACACAAACACUAACUGCCCCCGCAAGACGGGGUCCACUGAAUGCAUACAUUUUCCUCACAUAACAAAACAAUAAAUGAAAAUAGCGCAACAAAACCAGAGAGUAGUGACACCAGAAAGCGAAAAAUAGGAUAAGAAAAUAGAAGGAGUAACAAACAAAACAAUGGACAACAGAUCAGUGUUUGCUCUCCGCAGCGCCAGUUACAGCGAAAAAAGCGAAACUAAAACUACCUUUUAGCUAAAUAAUGUGUGUACUAAUGACACUUGCGUAAACACCUUUUUAUUUAGCGAAUGCAACAACCACGCAAAAAAGCAAAAACAACAAGAAGAAGAUAAACCGCACACCAGGAAUCCACUAUAACUACUACCACUACUACUAAUACUACUUACGACUACUACUAACUACUACAACUACUUGGCUGGGAAUGUGUAAUCUUUCUAAUAGUAUGAAAAUGUGUGAAGCACCAGAACCAGCAAAAUGGAUAGAGAGAGAGAGAGAGAGAGAGAGAGAGAGAGAAAAAAUUGCUGAACAGAGGGAGCUAAAGAGUUUUAAAGAGAGACGUUUAUUAUCUUAACUAUUAUAGUUUCAAUUAGCAUGGAUUAUUGUCAGUACUAAUGUACUAAUGUACUAAUGCCCGUGCAUGUCAAACAGGCGGGGUGAGUGUGGUGUAAAAAAACAAAACAGUGAAACGGCUCUAGCGAUAAGAAAAAGGAAAAAAUGGAAAGUCAACAGGGUGGAAAGUUUGGGAUAGGAAAAUUUGUAAAACAAGUAAAGCAAGUAAGGCAAGGGCGACAAAAAAGAAGGAGAACGGUUCGUCCACGGAACGCGCCUAAAUGUAGGCAACUGCAUUACACUUCCUUUUAAUGUAAGCAACCGAUGGGGACGGUGUGUUUGUGUGUGUGCCUGUGCUGCCGGGAGUGAAAAUAGGGACAGAAAUGGAGUGUGCUGUCUUCAAACACAUACAUACACACCAGGUAACGAGAUAAACAAAAAAUAUAUUUAUUGUGUAGACCCCGUUCUUUUUUUGUUUCUUAUUUUAAUAAUGAUGGGUAACAACAGUAAUGCAAAUGUGUUUUAUUUUAGAUCAAAUGGUUAGGAGUAGCCCGACAGCGAGUGAGAGAGGAAGAGAGAGAGAGAGCAGAUCAGGGUUCACCAUGUGUGGCUUAAUUUGCGCGCGAGUGUGGCCAGCUUCAGGGGGAGGGGUUGAUUGUUUGUAGACAAACGUGCAAAAAAGAGCAGCAAGAUUUGAUCUGUUGCAUAGUGAAUUGGGAAAAUCCAAACCCUUGAAACUGGGCCAAUCUUGGCUAUAAAAAGUGCCGCACAUAACGAACCUUGAAGCAGAGCGGUGAGCAGACCUAGGUAAAAUGUGCUCGUAACAGAGGUGGCAGGCCGGUGCGUGUAGUGAAAGUGAAUGUAUGACAAAUUUGUGAUAAAUAUUUAUUUAACGAAUGAUUAGUAUCGACAUUUGAUGAUUCGAUGGUGGUCAGCAGUAUGUGCCAGGAGGUUGUAGCGAGGGUGUAUGCGGGAGCGAAGGAGGAAUGAGUGGAAUCACAUAAAAGAUGAAAAACGGCGGGCUAGAGGUCGACUUGAUCAGCGAAAUUAACGAGGAUUAUUUAUUUGUUUUGUUUCACGUCGAUUACAGCUUUCCUUCCCAUUGUAUAACGGAAGGACCUUCCUUCCUUUUUUCAUUCUCAAAAAUAGGCAUUUGAUCUUGCUGGUAGCGAUUAAAGUUCACAGCGUUCCACAGCACACAGCGCAAUAGUAGUAAAAGUCAGUAUCAAUCUUAUACCCCGCCGUGUAGCUGCUGUUUAGCAUGGAAACAUCAACAUAUUUAAAUCGGCAUUAAACUUGAAACUACCGACAGAGAAAGAGAGCAAGAGACAUGAUCGGAAAGGAAAGGGAUGCAGCAGCGGGCAGAGUAGAGAAGAAGAAAAAAUGGAAAAAAAGAAACUGAAAUCGAAAUGUGAUAAAUGGUAACGGAAUGGAAAAUCGAAUGUACGUGUGCGCGUUUGUGUGUGCGUAUGUGUGUGUGUGGGUGUGGGUGUAUGUAUGUAUGCUCACAGCGUCACGUGCUCUCCCAUUGCACAGUGGAGCGGUGUGUGUUCAUUGAAAGCUCUGGUGUUCAUUAAUUCAAUAAGGGUGUGUUUAGCAACAUGUGGAUGUGACGACAAGGGAUGUGAUGCAAAAGCGAACCCUUCCAGUUGCGGAAGAGCAGUCGCGCGGUCCAAUCAUUCUUUGCAUAGGCAUCGAUAGAAACAACAAGAGAGAUCGAAAAUGAUCUAGAGUAAAGACAGGAAAAAGGACCAGAGUGUGCAACUUGGAUGUGUGUCCUGCGUUUCUGUCUGUGUGUACUGCGCGUGAGCAAGCGGGAAGGGGCUGAAGCGAGUUUCUUCGGCUACGGUGAUGAUGUUUAAACUUAUCCUAAUCGAAUCGUUGUUUUUUGAUAGCGUAGACUAAAUAAUUAAAUCCGUGUUCUGUGCAUCAGGCUAAUCAACGCAAGUGAGCGGGAGUGAGAGAGAGAGAGAGAGAGAGAGAGAACAAGAAAAAUAGAAGGUGGUCCUAAAAACCUAUUGGCAGACGAAUGUUUGACGCAAAAAAGAAUGAAAAAAGAAUUUAAAAAAAAAGAUGAACCAAAAAUUUGAUAUAACGUGAACGGGAUGUUGAGAAAAUGGCAGAAUAAGCUCUUAUAAAUAAUAAUAUGAAACAGAAAGGAAAAAAUACACCAGAAGAAGAAGAAGAAGAAGAAGGAAAAAAUACAUAUUAAGAAUCGAACAUACAACUAAAGGAGAGAAAAUAGACAGCAACCGUAAUCGUGUAACGCGUAACGCUUCCCGCGAUUACGACCAACCCUCAAAACCAGGCAGCAGAUAAAGCAGACUUCCACUUAAGCGCUGGAGCGGCCCCGUAAGUGCUUGGCUUGGCUCUCUGUUCCUGUUUCGUUUUUAACUUGAUGCUUUCCGUACUUCUUUGUAAAUGGCGUCGUUUGAUUUCAAUCAUUUCCUUCCUAGCGGGGUGUAGCUCGAGGGGCGUUUGUUACCGAUCAUUCAAACGCAGUAAGUGUCCAAUAGCUUUAUCCAAAACGAAUGAUAACUCAAGUAUGCAUACCAGGACCAGGUAGGGAGAGGUGAGGGGUGGAAUUGAUACUUUUGUGUGCAGAAUAGAGAGAAAGAACAAACACAAAGAAACAAACAAACAAACAAACAAACAUAAGAAAUGUUGUUUUGUGGAAGCAACUGAAACAAUAGAACAAGGAAAACAAUAAUGAUUCAGAGCAGCAACACAAAUAGAUAUACAACAGGUGACACGCAGACAGUUAUAGCACAAUUAUGUAGUGUAACGUAAGUAUGUAAAGCAAAGCUAAUCCAACACACUCACACAUAAGAGAACAAAACAGGAACACAAUGAGAAAUGAAUCCAAUUAAAAAUACAACUGGAAAUAAAGUUAAAAAAAAACCAACUAGAUAAAAGCUCGUUCCUUUUUGUGCAAAGAAUCACAGCAGAAAAUGUUAAGCAGAGUUUAGGUUAAACGCUACAAAAUACAAAUAACCCAUCUGUGCGCGAAGGCAGUACCACAUAAACUACCACAGCCCUCCACAGUACCACAUAAACCAGAACCAGAACCAGAGUUCCGAAUGCUUUUACCGAUACUAAUGCGCCGAGCAAGGCAGCCCCAUAUAUCAUUCGGCCGGGCUAGUACAGUCUCCACCCGCAGGCAGUGGCCACUCGGCGUAAGCACAAGCAUGUAUGUAAAUAGUGUACAAAUAGUGUAUCCAAAACAUAAC